AUGCAAAUAUACACAAGAGCAGCAAAGGAAAAGACAGAUAAAAAAAGGAAAAGAAAACACAUGAUAACACACCGAACAAAUCCUUCUCGCUCUCUCCUUUCCCAAAACCCAGGACAAUGCGUGACAGACACACCUCCCUCGCUCGCCCACGAGCACCAGCGGGCGUGAUGUCUCGGGCGGCAACGGUGAUGUCCCUAGUGGUGAUGCUACUCGCACUUGCAGCACCAGCUUCCUCCCUCGAAUUGCAACACAUGGAGGAGACGCUAAAGAGCCACACACACACUCUCGCCAAGAUGACGAAGUACCUGCGCAUGACAGACAAAUUCUGGACUUGGUUCCGGGCCAACAGAGGACUUUUAGACGAGCUUUUGAACGCAGGCGUCCAGACCCGAGCCCUCGAUACGCCUCAGCUGCACGAAUUAAAUGAGAAAAUACUGGAUGUUGAGACGAAGCUGGAGGGGUCACAUAGCGAGGUCACGAGCCGGCUGGAACUUGACCUCAUCCGCCUCGAGCAAGAACUGGAGGCUGAGAGGAACAACAGCAGAGUCUUGAAGCAGGACCUGGAGGAGAGCAAACAAAAAACCGAGGAACUGGAAGAGAAAUUGGUGAAAAUUGAACAAAGCAGCAAAAUAUCGAUGAUGUUUGUCAAUAACCAGAUUAUGAAAGUUAAUAAUGAUCUGAAAGGCGUGAAGGCGGAAGUAGACCACGAGCGCAGGAUCAGCCACUGGGAGGCCGAGGGCAACGUCACCAAGAGCGGCUGGGCGGGGGCCAUCCUGCGCCAGGUGGAGGACACGGUGGCGCCCCUCCGCCUCGCCAUCGACCUCCUCAACGACACACUCACCAACGACACGGCCAAGAAGGUGGAGGACCACGAGCGCAGGAUCAGCCACUGGGAGGCCGAGGGCAACGUCACCAAGAGCGGCUGGGCGGGGGCCAUCCUGCGCCAGGUGGAGGACACGGUGGCGCCCCUCCGCCUCGCCAUCGACCUCCUCAACGACACAACAGCCUCCCUCGGAAACGCGACGACGAAGGCGAAGGAGGACAUUCAAGAAAUGGAACAAGAGAGAGAAGUAGACCGAGAGUAUGUACGAAUCCUGGAGGAGGCGCUGGAGGGGACGUCGUCCGAAGUGGACCGAUUGGCCGCCAACCUGGACCAGCUGGUGAUCACCUUCCUCUUCCCGAUGAACGACAGCAUCUCGUCCAACGAGGAUGCUCUGCGGGCGCUGCAGAACGCCACGCAGGACCUCAGGGAUGAGCUCAUGGAGCGUUUGGAAGAAGUGGAGAGAAACGUCAAAUACAAAGGUUCUACAGGCAGUACUAAAACGAGCCUCUUCCAAUGGCAACUCAACACCCUGCGCAACGCCACCAAGGGCAUGCUGGCCAACAUCACGUCCCUGGAGACCCAGCUGGCGUCCGUGCGAAACUCCGAGGCCCAACUCAAGAAGGACGUCCAGGCACUCCAGCUGCAGUCGAGGCAGGUGGACCUUGACCUGAGUGCCCUAGAGGCUAAGGUAGGCAGCACAGCCAACUUGACGGCGAGGGUGAAGAGCCUGGAGAAGAGGAUGGCGAGGCGCGACGCUACGCUCACCACGGGCAACAAGCUCCUCUCGUCACUCGCCACCGGGGGGUCCAUGCUGAAUGCCCCGGGCGGGAGGGCUCCGAUGACCUUCCUCAAGAACCCAGGUCAGAUUGGAUUCCCGUUCGGCCCCGGUCCUUCGAGUCCCGCGGGCGUGGCUCCUUCGCCUGUGACUCCUGCAAGCGUCGCUCUCUCCACAGGUCCGGCUGGCGCUAGCUUGCCUGCGUCCGCGAACUCGGUCAUUGCUGGAACAAAUACGAACUUAAUGCCAGCUACUAAUUCGGGAGCGAGUGGUGGUCACAGCACGCCUAACCCGCCGAGAACCACUGUUGGUCCGAGACUAGUUGGUAAUACGGGGGCAGCUAGUAGCCCAGGAACAACUGGUAGUCUAGGAUCAACUGUAAACGCAAUUGUAACUAGUACUCCAAGGCCAACUGGUAACGCAAGUGUAACAAGCACCGCAGGAACCACUGUUAACCCAGGAUCAGCUGGUAAUACAAAUGUAACUAGUAUCCCGGGGGUAGCUAGCAGUCCGGUAACAGCUGGUAACACAAGUAUAACUAGCACCCCAGCACCAGCUAGUAACCCUGGAGCACAUGGAAUUACAAGCGUUACUAGUACCCCAGGGGCAACUGGUAGCGCAAGCACAGCUAGUACCACAGGUCGAACUAGUACCCCAGGAGCAGCUAGUAACCCAGGAGUAACUGGUAAACCGGGGGCAUCUGGUAGUCCAGGAACGGCUGGCAACCCAGGAACAGUCGGUAACACAAGUGUAGCUAGUAAUCCAGUGGCAGCUGCUAGGGGGUUUGGGGCAUCUGGUAACUCAGGAAAUGCUGGUAAGCCAGGAGCAUUUGGUAACAAUGGAAGAGGAGGCAGUAGGGGAGCAGCUGGUGCUAGGUCAAGGGGCAUGUCAGCUGGCAGAUCAGUUGGCCCAUAAAAUAAGCUGGUCUUUUUUUAUUUCCUAACAUCAAUGGAAAUUUACUCUAAGUAAGAAGAAUUUUUGUCUUGUUGAUAUUCAUAAACAUUUCUUGUAUUUUUAUCAAUUCUAAACGUUUUUUUUUUUCACUGACACACCCAUGGCCAAUACUUUUUUUUCUAACAGUCAUUUCUAAACGCUCAUGAACAUAUAUUGCCUUUUCAGCGUUUACAAUAUUUGAAGGCUUCGUAACUUCCAUAAACAUUUAAAGCCUUUUUAACUUUCAUGAACUUUUUUGAGUUUUUAACUCACGUGAACAUGUCUUGUUUAUACCCAGUUCCAUGGAUUCCGUGAAUAUUUCUCUUUUUGUGAAAAAACUGCUUUCUUUUCAGUAUCCAUGAACAUUUUCUAACAUUUAUGAGCUUGUAUUGUUAAAGUAUUGUUAAACGUUUUCUUUUAUUUUUAACAUAUAUGAACAUUUAUUGAGUUUUCAACUUUUGAUUAACAGAUAUUGUUUUUCUUUACUUUUGUUUUUUGCCUUCCAUGAGUAUAUCUUUUUUGACGUUACUUUUCAUUGAAACAUAUGACAUCUUUUAAACAUACAUCUUAUUAUUUUUUUUAAAGAAUUUUCACGAACUAUCCUUUCAGCAAAGUCAAACCAUAUAGACCUUUAUGCUCUACUAAACCCUUAUUUAUCCAGAUGAGAUGUCAUACUUUAGAUAAAAUUGAUUUCCCAAAUACGUGAUAUCUGCUUGGCGAUGUCGCUUCUAACAUCGAUGUAUGAGUUUUCGUUCGUGGAUACCUUUAAACCUCCUUCUUUAAAUCCCCUCAUUGCUUUAGGCCUCGCGAGGAUUACUGCACUGAUUCGCUCGUGAGGCCUGUGUAAAUACUAUUUGUAUAUGAAUUCCAUGCUUCAGAGUAUCCUUAGAUAUAUAAGUGAAAUUAAGGUGUUU